GCGGUUUUGGCCGGCAAUCGUUUGGUUGAACCACCUAACAACAACCACUUCUUUUUACAUACCUUCUAUUUCGAUUAAACAAUUAAUAAAUUAAUUUCUUUGACACAAAAAGUGGAAAAAGCAGUUAAAAUUUAAAAAUACAUUUAAUAGAAAUAUAUUAAAUUAACUAUAAAACUAUAAAUUAUCCUCUCAUAUACACUUUUUCGGUUUUCUAAGCCUUCAUUCUCUCUCCUUCCCUUUCUACUGUUCUCUCCCUCCUUUUUUAUUUUUAUUUUUUUUCCUCUCUCAUCUCCUCGCCGGAAAACCUCUUCCUUCCCCCGGCAAACUGCUCUAACUCCGGCGAAGCGCAUCUGGCUCUGCCGGAGAAGUGCUGGCUCCAUAUAUUCGGUUGGCUCCCGUGUUUCUCGUUGGUUCUGUAGGGUUUGUGGGAGAAAGCUCCGGAUCUCUGAGGCUGAGUCCUUUCUUUGGUGGUUUCGGCGUUUUGUAAGAAUGUGGGGAGCCUAGUCUCCGUUGGAGUCUCGCUCGUGGUUGGGAUCGUGAUCUAGGGUUUGGUGUUCUGGAUUCGGAUUCGGUUUCUUCUACCUUGUUCUUUUUCGUUUAUUUUUUUUCCUCGCUCUAUUUUCCGGCAAAGUUAGCAAAGACGGAGUCGUCAGGAAGGCGACUUCGGAAUGAGAUGGUGGAGGGAAGGGUUUGUUUAUCAAAGGAGGUCAGAAAUGGGUUGGAGUUUCUGAAGCGCAAAAGGCUUCAGCGUAUGAAGGCAGAAACUAUCAGCAGUACAAUGGCUCGAAGUGGAGGAGAUGCAUUAAGAUCUUCAGCAUCUUGCGGUGUUAGAUUACAUGGCAAUGCAGAUGUUUUUUCUGGAUCAAAUGGUCCUUUAAGUGGGAAGGAUGUUAUUUCGAAGCGGAAGGUGGAUAAGUUUGACACAAGUGAUCUGGAAUGGACUGAAAAAAUUCCUGAGUGUCCUAUAUAUUAUCCAACAAAAGAGGAGUUUGAGGACCCUCUGAUUUAUUUGCAGAAGAUCGCUCCAGAAGCUUCUGGAUAUGGUAUGAUCAAGAUUGUUUCACCUGUGACUGCUUCUGUUCCAGCUGGGGUUGUAUUGAUGAAGGAGCAACCGGGAUUUAAGUUCACAACCCGAGUGCAACCUCUCCGUCUAGCUGAGUGGGACACUGAUGAUAAAGUUACAUUUUUCAUGAGCGGAAGAAAUUAUACAUUCCGUGAUUUUGAGAAAAUGGCAAACAAGGUUUUUUCUAGACGAUAUUAUAGCUCUGGUAGUCUUCCUGCCUCAUAUCUGGAAAAGGAAUUUUGGCAUGAGAUUGCUUGUGGAAAGACCGAAACGGUGGAGUAUGCUUGUGAUGUUGAUGGUAGCGCUUUCUCAGCUUCUCCCAGUGAUCAGCUUGGGAAUAGCAAAUGGAACUUGAAGAGACUGUCAAGGCUAUCAAAGUCAGUAUUGCGUCUUCUAGAAAGAGCAAUUCCUGGAGUAACUGAUCCUAUGCUCUAUAUUGGAAUGCUAUUUAGCAUGUUUGCUUGGCAUGUCGAGGAUCAUUAUCUAUACAGUAUUAAUUAUCAUCACUGCGGUGCUUCAAAAACUUGGUAUGGCAUUCCAGGUCAUGCUGCUUUGCAGUUUGAAAAGGUUGUUAGGGAACAUGUGUAUACUCAUGACAUCCUUUCUGCUGAUGGGGAGGAUGGAGCUUUUGAUGUUUUAUUGGGGAAAACAACUUUAUUUCCUCCUAAUAUUCUAUUGGAUCAUGACGUCCCUGUGUACAAGGCAGUGCAAAAACCUGGAGAGUUCAUAGUUACGUUCCCUAGAGCAUAUCAUGCUGGAUUUAAUCAUGGCUUCAAUUGUGGUGAAGCAGUGAACUUUGCAAUUGGUGACUGGUUUCCCUUGGGUGCUGUUGCUAGCCAACGCUAUGCACUUCUUAGUAGGAUGCCUUUGCUUCCUCAUGAAGAACUACUUUGCAAAGAAGCAAUGCUUCUCUAUUCGAGUUUAGAGCUUGAAGAUUUGGAUCAUUCUUCUGCUGACUUGGCCUCUCAUUGUUCCAUUAAAACUUCUUUUGUGAAGUUGAUCCGUUUCUUGCAUCGAGCUCGCUGGUUGCUAAUGAAAUCAGGGAUAUGUACUAGUGUGUCUGCAAAUCAGCAUGGAACUAUCCUGUGCAGCUUAUGUAAACGUGACUGUUAUGUUGCUUUUGUCAACUGUAGCUGUUACAUGCAUCCUGUCUGCCUUCGUCAUGAUAUGACGUCUUUAAAUUUUUCCUGUGGAAGACACUGUACGCUCUGUUUAAGGGAGGAUAUAUCAGAAAUGGAAGAUGCAGCUAGAAAGUUUGAAAUGGAGGAUAGAGUACCAGAAAAGAAGAUUAAUCAGCAAUCUAAUAGGGUUCAUGACUUGUAUUCAGAUCCAUUAGCAAACAUGUCACAUAAAGUUAAGCAGGAGGUAUACAUUCCUUACUGUCCGAUCAAAUUUGACUCGAUCCCAAAACUUAGUGAUACUACUCAGUAUCAAUCAAAAGAGCAAGAUCAUGUUUCGUGUAGUGCACAGGUGUCAAGUAGUGGAACAAUGAGUUUAAAUUCUGAAAUGUUAGGAACAUCUAUGUCCUGUACCACAUCCACUCUACAUUCUCUUCCUGUAGACCCUAUGGAAGCCGCAAUCACUCCCAGCAAUGUACAUGGGAACACUAGCUUUGAUGUGAGGAGUCUUGACUCUAGAAAGUUUUCAGAAGACUUGUCACGGAGUGCACUUGAAUCUACUCUGUCUUCCCCGUCAUGUGAUGAACACUUGACUGUAAAUCAAGAUUAUUCUCAUGAAAAGCUGGUUAGGCCUACUCUAGAUGAAGAUAGUGAUAGUUCUGAUUCAGAGAUAUUCAGGGUUAAACGUCGUUCAACACAGAAGAUGGAAAAGAAGAACAUGAAUGAUAACAUAUUAUCGAAGCAUUCUGACCACCAGGGGUUCAGACGACUUAAGAAAUUUCAGCCUGACAGAAGAUCUGGGUCGUCAGGUUGCACCAGAAUUGUGGGAUCAAAUUCUAAACUAACAACUACGCUCACUAAUCAUAGAGCUAUUGACACUCUUUCAACGACAGAAAGAUUUGUCAAAGGAAGGGGUACCAUUCCGAUCUCUAUAAAAUUCAAGAAUGUGGUUAAUGAGGGUAGUAGUAACAGACUGAGAGAACAACCCAAAAAGGAUAGGUUUCAGUUAGAGUUGGGUAAGAGCACGAGGGAACCACACCCAGUAGAUAUUGGAGCAAAACGCCUUAAAGUCAGAGGCCCUUCAUUUCUAGGGUCAGAGACAGGUCACAGGUUAGAUUGAAAGAAGAACAGGAAAAAAGAAAAACCAUUUCACCAUUUCAUUAUUAGAUUACACACCAUUUUUUUAUUGACCUGCUCUCUGGAGCCGCAAUAUCAAACUAGAGCCUGACUUUGCUAACUUCAUUUUCUCUAAUGGGGUCCUAACAACACGAAAAAGAUAUUCUGAUUGAUGAUUCUGGGAGCAGUGACAGAUUAACCUUAGGUUUUCUUUUUUUGAAAAACACAACAAAAUUUAUAUUCUUUGUGCAGAGGCCUCAAAUUGGGGCAAUACGCACGGUUGAUGAUUCUUAAGGUUCUCGGGCCGGAGUAUUUUUCCUUCUUUGGCAGGGUAACCUUCCUGCAGUAGAAAGAGAGAUUGGGUUUAGUAGUGAUGUAAAUUUGUUUCUGUGGGGUGGGUAAUUCUCUUUUUCAUUCAUCUCAUCUUUAAGAUUUCUUUUGUUUAACGCUGCUUCUAGGUUAUUUAUUCUUUUUGUAGCAGUGUGGUCCUUGUACCCUUUGACUACUACAAUAAAUGCACAGAAUGUUCCCUCUC